GUAACUACUCAGACAUUACCAGUAAUCCAUUUUUUAAGCCAUCAGCGUACCUGCAUUUGUCUCAAGUCUUCUCAGUUUGGUUCUGGUCCAUCUGCAAAAGCCCAAGAACAUUCUUGUUUUGAUCAAGACCCCUAAGCCAUUGACGCAUUUCUUUUUAACUAUGAUGUUACAAGAAGUUCAUCGAACAAAUUCGAAUCACAGCAGCAGCAGAAGCAGCAGAAGAAGAAUACUUAAUUUGCUGAUCAUGCCCAAAUACAGAGUUUCUGAACUACAUCUAGCAGUCCUGCUUGUUUUCUUCAUCUUACUCAAAGGUAGAUAUGUUAUUGGGGACUCAAUUGACACCGAUAAACAAGUUCUACUCGACCUCAGAUUAUUUCUUAAAGAUCAAAAUUAUGUCGAUCGAGGGAAAUACACCCUAUGGAAUCCACUAGAUUUAUCACCAUGCAAUUGGCCAGGAAUCACCUGCAACAAUAGUCGAGUGACCCAAAUAGACCUUUCCCACAUCGACAUCUCUGGGCACAUAUACAGCAAUUUCUCAGCAUUGACUGAACUCGUUCAUCUCGACUUGUCAGGAAAUUCAUUAAGCGGCCCUGUUCCUGCUGAUUUAGGCUUAUGCCAGAGCCUAAAGUCUUUGAACCUUUCACACAAUAUCAUAGCUGGUGAGCUCAAUUUUACCGGACUCAACAACUUAGAAACACUUGAUCUUUCAGAAAAUAGAAUCCAGGGAGAUAUUCAGUCAAUUUUACCUAGAUUUUGUAGUAGCUUGGUGGUUGCAAAUGUCUCAUCAAAUAAUCUGACUGGUGAAAUUGGAAAGUCUUUAGAUGGAUGCUUGAAACUACAGUAUGUUGAUUUUAGUGCGAAUCAUCUCAGAGGAGAAAUCAGUUUCGCGUUUCAAAGGCUAAAGCACUUUCAGGUAUCUCAAAAUAAUCUCAGUGGAAGAAUACAACCGUGGGUUUUUUCAGAAAAUUGCAGUCUUGAAGAUUUGGAUUUGUCAGAGAAUUUAUUCAUAGGAGAACUACCAAAGGAGAUUUCUCUUUGCAAGAAUUUGGUGGCUUUAAAUUUGUGGGGAAACAGAUUCAGUGGCAAAAUUCCUCUGGAGAUUGGAUCACUUGUGAAUCUUCAGGCACUUAUAAUGGGAAAAAACAGGUUUCACCGCGAAAUUCCAGAGUCUCUCAUUGACCUGAAAAGUUUGAGCUUUCUGGAUUUAAGCAACAACAAUUUCAGGGGUCAAGUACAAGAAAUCUUUGGGCGAAUUACACAAGUGAAAUAUCUUCUUUUGCAUGGAAAUUCAUACACUGGAGGUCUUGAUUCAUCUGGAAUUUUCACAUUACCAAACGUUUCUCGUGUAGACCUGAGUAAGAACAAAUUUACGGGUCAAUUACCCAUCGAGUUUUCUCAGAUGAGUCACUUAAAGUACUUGUUUCUUUCAUUCAAUAAUUUCACUGGAAACAUACCACCAGAAUAUGGGAACUUUGAGCAACUCCAAGCCCUUGAUCUCUCCCACAACAGGCUUAACGGAUCUGUUCCACAGAGUUUGGGAAAGUUAAACUUCUUGCUGUGGUUGAUGCUUGCAAACAAUGAGUUAUCUGGUGAAAUCCCAGCAGCUCUAGGGAAUUGUAGCAGCUUGUUGUGGCUAAACCUUGCUAAUAAUCAAAUCUCAGGAAAAAUACCACACGAGUUGGCAAGCAUUGGCAAUAACCCGAUGCCAACAUUUCUACUGAACCGAGAUAAUGAUCAGAUUUCUGCUGGUUCAGGGGAGUGUUCGGCUAUGAAGAGAUGGAUACCAGCAAACUAUCCUCCAUUUAGUUUUGUGUAUACGGUCCUCACAAUGAAGAAAUGUAGAAGCCUAUGGGACACAUUGCUUAAAGGGUAUGGCCUUUUUUCAGUUUGUUCCCCAGGUACGAGUGUGAGAACAAAUCAGAUAUCGGGUUAUCUUCAGCUUGGACAUAACCAGUUAUCUGGUGAACUCCCUCGUGAAAUUGAGCAGAUGAAGAACUUCAGUAUGUUGCACCUGGGUAAUAACCGCCUCGAGGGCAAACUUCCUGCUGGAAUAAAGAACAUGCCACUAAUGGUCCUCAACAUAACAGGAAACAACUUUGCAGGAGAAAUUCCAGCAGAAUUAGGGAGCCUUAGUUGCUUACAAGGACUUGAUUUGUCAUACAAUAAUUUCUCUGGAGCAUUCCCUUAUAGCUUGAGCAGAUUGAAUGAUCUUAACAAGUUCAAUAUCUCCUAUAAUCCGUAUAUUUCUGGUUCAAUACCAACCAUCGGACAAUUUGCCACGUUUGAGAAAUGGUCAUUUGUUGGGGACCCAUUGCUACGCCUUCCACAUUAUAUGGACAAUACAACUAAAGAAUCCCCAAGUAUUACCAAAAUACAUAGGACUACAAAACCAGUAGUCUUGGUGAUUUUAGUUGUACUAAUUGUCUUGUUGGUAUUUGGAAUUAUGAGUCUCAUAAUCUGUGUUGUGUUGAAGAGGCCGGAGGACUCACCAAAUUAUAUCAUGGAAGGCGCGAAGGAAAGGCAUGACAGAUAUUCAAGCUCUGGGGGUUCUUCACCCUGGUUUUCCAAUGGAAUCAAAGUCAUCCGCUUAGACAAAACUGCAUUUACGCAUAAGGACAUCUUAGCAGCCACAGGGAACUUCUCCAAUGACAGAAUCAUUGGACAAGGAGGAUUUGGGACAGUGUACCGAGGAAUGUUGCCAGAUGGGAGAGAGGUGGCUGUCAAGAAGCAGCAAAGAGAGGGAAUCGACGCAGAGAGAGAGUUUCGCGCAGAAAUGGAGGUGCUGACAGGAAAUGGCUUUGGAUGGCCUCAUCCUAACCUUGUCACUCUUUAUGGUUGGUGCCUUGAUGGCUCAGAAAAGUACUUGGUUUACGAGUACAUGGUAGGUGGAAGCUUAGAAGGCCUAAUUUCAGAUCGAAAACAUCUGACAUGGAGGCACAGAAUCAAUGUGGCACUUGAUGUUGCUCGGGCUCUGGUAUUUCUCCACCACGAGUGCUACCCUCCAAUUGUGCAUAGAGAUGUCAAAGCCAGCAAUGUGCUCCUUGACAAAGACGGAAAAGCCCGCGUCACAGACUUUGGACUAGCCAGAGUUGUGGACGCUGGAGAGAGUCAUGUGAGCACAAUGGUGGCAGGGACUGUUGGAUACGUGGCGCCAGAGUAUGGACAGACGUGGCAGGCCACGACGAAGGGAGACGUGUACAGCUACGGAGUGCUGAUCAUGGAGCUGGCUAGUGGGAGGCGAGCAGUGGAUGGGGGAGAAGAAUGCCUAGUGGAAUGGGCGAGAAGGGUGAUGGGGUCAAAAUCCAAGGACUAUUUGCACAUGUUAAUCACCGGCCCUGCUUUAGAGCCCGGGAUGGGAGAGGGGGCAGAGGAGUUGCUUGAGGUGCUAAAGAUUGGAAUAAGGUGCACAGCGGAGUCACCGCAAGGCAGGCCAAAUAUGAAGGAGGUGCUUGCUAUGCUGGUUGGGGUAUCAUUUGCUAGCCAAACAUAUUUCAAAUAUUCUGCUUCUCCUCCAUCUUGGUAAAUUUAGCCUCCACACCAGGAAAUGUUGUUGAGCCAGGAAAUGUUAUUGAUUCACAAUAAUCUGUACAUUUGUUUCCUACAGGCAUUCUUUGUAAAUACUGACUUAACAUACAAUUUCUUGACAUUAACUACUUA